AUGGCAGAGGUGGUAUCAGGCCUCCUGGUCAAUCAGCGAUUCGACUCGCUCGAAGACUUCAAAUCGGCCAUUCGAAACAUCUCCGUUCGUCAGCAUUGGGAUCUCCGAGUCGUGCGAAGCAACAAAAAGAGCGUGGUGUUGGGUUGUCGCUCAUCGCCCAACUGCUACUUCCGCGUCGUGUGUCGCGCAAACAAGAAUGCGACGCAUAUCACCAGCCUGCAGGACCGGCACAACUGUCGUCGCAACCUGGGCACCGCUGGGUCGACGCCUGCUCGGUCCGAAGCGUCACAUGUGCGCUUCUUGCUGAAUGAGAUUCCAAAGUUGUUUGAUAUGAAGAGCAAGAUCAAGGGCCAGGAUGUCGUCGACGCCGUCAAACGGUACCAUGGCUAUGACAUUUCAAUGCGACAAGCGCAGCGCGCGUUGACAAAGCUACAGCCUCGCCAAUCAAGAGGCCAUGUUCAAAAUAUCAACCGUGAUGGGAGUCCUUCGCAAUUACACUCGACUUCGGCCGGUCAGCCUGGCAAUGAAGCGUCCUUUGAUCCGCUGGCGGAGGACCGUGGCUGGGGAGAGAACGGCCUUUCGUCCACGUUGAUGGAUGAUGAUAGCAUGGAUCAAGACGACGACUCGCCAACAGGAUCCCCAUCGGCCGGCAUUCAUGUCCAUACACAACAGCAUAGCUCACCUCUUGUGGGCCAUGUGCAGCCAGGUCCAUCCGAGCCCAGUCCCCUUCCGACUAUUCAGCACCAUCCUUCACAGAUCAGCUCUCUUCCACCUCCUCCGCCUCCUCCUCAGACAUAUCCUCAACCUCCACAACAAAUCCAACUUCCUCCCCCUCCUCUACAGGCCAACCCAAAACCUCCGAAUCAACCGCAACCACAACCACAAUCUCAGCAACAAAAUCCGCCGCCGCCGCAACCCCAACCGCAGCAGCAGCAACAUCAACAACCUACUCCAACCGGCCACCCUGCAGCCGCUCAACUCGUACUCACCAAUUUCAAAAUCGAGUUUACGUGCACUUCAUGCGGCGCUCUAAACCAGAGUUUCUUUCCAAACCAAGGAAAUAUUACCAACAACGCCUAUUUACCACAACAUGGUAUCCAUCCAGCAGCCACCAAUACGCGCCCACAAAUGGAGGGAGUGCCAAACGACACGAACGCAAACACCGCUACUGCUGCUGCUGGGUUUGGUGGGCCAGAAUAUGAGAGUAAUGGCCAUCCUCAUGCACGCAAUAUAUCCCCGUGGGUAGGCGGUUUAGACUGCGAUUUGACCGAUUCGAUUUGCUCGAGAUGUAAAGCGGCAGGGCUGAAGUGCACUUUUGAUCUUCCGGUGCAGAGACGAGGGCCAAAAACUCGCUAUCCGGCUAGAAAUGCCACUGCUGCUGAUGCUGCCAUCCCUGUUUCAGCGGGGGCCACCAGCACUUUUGCCAUUCAAAAGCCGCCUACGUCGAAUAGCACGGUUUCUUUACCAGAAACAGCAUGGGAAAUUGGAAUCUUAUCACCAAAGGCAGUGGACCUUCAGAAUUCUCUACUAGAUGAAGCUUUGGCCCAGUCAUCCCCGGCUAUUCAACGAUGGAGCGAUUUAGAAACGCAAAUUAGGGCCAGCGUUCCCGAUAUCACGCUUGAAGGGAUAAUCAUAAGGUGCUUUGAUCUCUAUUUUGAGUAUCUUUUCCCCUUGAUUCCUCUCAUCCAUGAGUCAGGUCUCCGAGAGAUUCUGAACUCCUUUUUGACCGGGACCAUUCCGCUGCUUCGCCAUGACGGAGAAAAUACUACAGCAGGUUCCUCAAUGGCCACAGAUAGCAUAUAUGAAGAUCUAGGACUUUGGCCGGAACCUGCCUUUGCGCUUAUUACUGCCCUCUGCGCGGAAACAGCUUUUUUAUUACCGACCGAAGUAUUUGCCGAGGGAUGCUUGGUUUCUGACGCCUUUCUGAAGGCUUCGAGAAGUUGCUUAGACAGCUAUAUGGAAGCAGACUUUGAAAAUCCAAAUGCGGUUUCGGUGAUUAUCCGGUACUACCAUUAUAAUUGCUUCCAUGAAGCGGGAAGGUCCAAUUACGCGCGACGUAUAUUUGGCGAAGCUACAUGUCUUGUACAAGCGAUGCAGAUGAACGAUGAAUCAUCAUACCAGACGUUGCAUCCGCUUGAAGUUGAGUUACGCAGAAGGGUAUUCUGGAUGAUCUUUAUCGAAGACCAGUCGAACACUAUUCUGAGAAAGCACCCAGUCACUAUCCACAUACUAUCAUUUGAAACAGGAAUUACAACAUUAUAUCCUAUUGGGGAGAUUAAUGACCUUGCGCUGAGUAUAUCCUCUGUUAUAAACAGUACUCAGUCGGCCUUCGUGACAGGAUUUAAUGCCAGCGUCAAAGUAUGGCAAGCCGCGUCGGAUAUUUUGCUCGAAAUCAGAAUGCUGCAGGAACAUUGGCGCAUCACACAGUCGACAUACUCUCCACUUCCAAGUGAAGCUUCAAACACACUUGACAUGCUAUAUGUUCGUUUCAUUACUUGCCUUGACAACCUACCUCGUUACCUUCAAAUUGACGAAAUUGAUGAACACGAAGUUGACUACCAGCAACCAAACAAAAUAGCGACGAUCCAACGAGUGAAUAUUCACGUAACGCUUCAGUUUCUUCGCAUGGUGCUUCUACAAAGGAUAUCAGCACUUGGAAUCGAGCACCAGUCCAAGUCUAACUCGCGAAUGUUGACUUUGCGAACCACUGAGGUAGCCCGAGAAAUGCUACGAGUUCUGCGUAGCGUCCCAUUUUGGGCUCUACAGAUAAAUAGACUCUUUUCUAUUGAGAAAAUCCAUUUCGUUGGCGCAAGUCUCCUCGCAAUACUUCGUGAGGACGGAAACGGAACUUUGCAGUCGUUAGACCAAGCAAGGAGCGAUUUCUCCAUGCUCUUGGAUAUCUUAACAAGGCUCGACUUUAGAACGUCGGAAACAUUACAGUGA